AUGAAAGGUUCAACUCUUUUACCAAUCACCGUUUUGGUUUCAAUUGCCAAUGCUCUUGUUAUUCCAACUAUCAACACCAAUGAUAUCUUCUCAGUUCAAAACGUUUUGAACCAAGAAUCUUUGAACAAUGGUGCCACCCCAGCCCCAGCUGCUCCAAAAGUUGACUCAUCAAUCUUGAAGAACAACUUGUUGAAAGCUGAAGAUGCUGCUGAAUUAAUCUCAACUGAAUCUGCUGGUCGUAAUAUCAUUCCUCAUCGUUAUAUCAUCGUUUUCAAAGAUUCUGUUAAACCAGAAGAAGUUGAAUUUCACAAAUCAUGGGUCAAGGAUGAACAUAUCAAUUCUGCUAAGGCAUUAUAUGAAGCUAACCCAACACAUUCAUUCUUCCAAGAAACUAACAAGGAAUCUGCCACAGAAUUAGGUGGUGUUUUAGAUGGUUUCCACAUUGAUGGGUUAUUAUCUGGUUACUUUGGUUAUUUCUUGGAUGAUACCAUUGAUUUAAUCCGUCGUAACCCAUUAGUCAAAUUUGUUGAAAAAGAUUCAAGAGUUUUCGCUUCUGAAUUUGAGACCCAAAAUGGUGCUCCAUGGGGUUUAUCAAGAAUCUCUCAUCGUGAAGCUUUGACUUUAGGUUCAUUCAACAAAUACUUGUACGACAAUGAAGCUGGUAAAGGUGUUACAUCAUAUGUUAUCGACACCGGGGUCAAUGUCAAACAUCAAGACUUUGACGGCCGUGCCAAAUGGGGUUCAACAAUCCCACAAGGUGAUGAAGAUGUUGAUGGUAAUGGUCAUGGUACUCAUUGUGCUGGUACCAUUGGUUCCAAACAUUAUGGUGUUGCCAAAGAAGCUGACAUUGUUGCUGUCAAGGUUUUGAGAUCAAAUGGUUCAGGUACCAUGUCUGAUGUUGUUAAAGGUGUUGAAUAUGCAGCAAACGCACAUGCUAAAGCUGUUAAAGACGGUAAAAAGGGUUUCAAAGGUUCUACUGCUAACAUGUCUUUAGGUGGUGGUAAAUCCCCAUCUUUAGAUUUAGCUGUUAAUGCUGCUGUUCAAGCCGGUAUUCAUUUCGCUGUUGCUGCCGGUAAUGACAACGCUGACGCUUGUAACUAUUCCCCAGCUGCUGCUGAUAAGGCUGUUACUGUUGGUGCUUCCACUUUAUCAGAUGCCAGAGCUUAUUUCUCAAACUACGGUAAAUGUGUUGACAUCUUUGGUCCAGGUUUGAACAUUUUAUCCACUUAUAUUGGUUCAGAUUCAGCCACUGCUACUUUAUCAGGUACAUCAAUGGCUUCUCCACAUGUUGCAGGUUUAUUAACUUACUAUUUGUCAUUACAACCAGGUUCAGAUUCUGAAUUCUUUACUUCUAAAGGUGGUGUCACCCCAGCUCAAUUGAAGAAAAAAAUCAUUGAUUACUCAACUAAAGGUAAAUUGACUGAUAUUCCAGAUGAUACACCAAACAAAUUGAUCUACAAUGGUGGUGGUCAAGACUUGAAAUCAUUCUGGGGUGAAGAAGUUAACAAUAAAGAAUCAAAUGUCUUAGCUGGUAUUGAUUCUGAAGCUGCAGCUGCCAUCAUUCAUGAUUUGGAAGCAAAUGUUGAACAUAUCAUGGAAGAUGUUAAACAAUUCAUCAACAACAAUGUUUAA